AUGCAGUUUCCAUACAGCAAACUAAUGGUUUCUCCCAGUUUCUCAAAGCUAUUUAUCUUUCUUCUGAUCACCCGAGCCAUCUGCUGCUGCCUCGGCCAAGGCGGUGGCGAUGGGGGCGCUACGGUCAGGUGCAUACAAAGCGAACGGAGAGCUCUGCUUGCUAUCAUAUCCAACACGUCCUCCAACGGCCUCUCCGGCGAAGGGUUCUCUUCCUGGACUGGUGAUGACUGCUGCCGCUGGAAAGGUGUCACGUGCGACAACGCCACCGACCGUAUCACCGAGCUUGAUCUGUCUUUCAGUCACCUCGUCGGACAGAUACCCGAGAGCCUGGGGAACGACCUCGCUCAUUUGGUCUCCUUAAAUCUGUCGUACAACGACAUCUCCGGAAGGAUUCCAGAGAGUUUGGGGAAGCUCGUCAGGCUGCAGGAGGUACGCUUGUAUGAUAACCAUAUUUCUGGACAGAUUCCGGAGGCAAUUGGGAACCUUCAAAACUUGAGAGUUUUGCAUUUAGAACUCAACUCCAUUACAGGACAGAUCCCAAGAACCAUGGGUGAUCUAUGCAACUUGACAGAAUUAGAUCUGUCGAGCAACAACAUCACCGGAAGGAUUCCAGAGAGCUUGGGGAAGCUCGUCAAGCUGCAGGAGGUACGCUUGUUUGAUAACCUUAUUUCUGGACAGAUUCCAGAAACGAUUGGAAAUCUCCCAAACUUGAGAGUUAUGCAUUUAGAAGGCAACUCCAUUACAGGGCAGAUCCCAAGAACCAUGGGUGAUCUGUGCAACUUGACAGAACUAGAUCUGUCGAGCAACAACAUCACCGGAAGGAUUCCAGAGAGCUUGUGGAAGCUCGGCAAGCUGCAGGAGAAUCUUCCAAACCUGAGAGUUUUGCAUUUAGAAGGCAACUCCAUUACAGGGCAGAUCCCAAGAACCAUGGGUGAUAUGUGCAACUUGACAGAAUUAGAUCUAUCCCAUAACAAAAUCUAUGGAGAGCUGACAGAUUUGCUAGAUGGUUUGUCUAGUUGUGCUCAGGGAGCGUCUCUGUCAUCCUUGAAUGUAGAGGGCAACAACUUGAGCGGGCGCAUCCCCACAAGUCUUAGCAAAUUAUCUCAAAUACAAAAUUUAUACCUGUCGUCUAACUCAUUCCGAGGCGACGUCACCGGGGCUCACUUUUCCAACCUCACCAACUUGUACCAUUUGGACAUCUCUAACAAUUCCUUGAAUGUGAUGCUACCGACUGAUUGGAUUCCCCCGUUUAAUAAUGUGCUCUACAUUAGUAUGAGCUAUUGUCGUCUACCUGCGUUUCCUAACUGGAUUCGGAACCAAACCAGCUUGCAAUUUCUCUACCUGUCAAGCGUUGGAAUGUCGGGAAAUCUUCCAGUUUGGUUUGGGACAAUCUUUAUGAAGCAGAACUUAAGAGUUGCUCUUUUCCGAUCGAUCGACAGGAGCUCUGACUGGAUCUACGUGCAGUUGGCACUCAAGUAUGGAAGACUGAAGUCCAAAUGGCAAAGGACUUGA